AUGAGAAGCCAGAGAAAUGCGCCAGUGCCAGAGCAGCGAAGUGAAUCGCCAGAGAAACCGGGAGUCAGAGUAGACAAAUCUUCUAGGCCGGAACUCCUAUACGAAAGUGAGAUCGAGAAAAGAGAAAGGAAACUGAGAAAGGAGGCUAAGGCGAGGAAGCUGCUGGAUUCGCAACUUGACUUGUCCGCCCACAAGGAACAGUUCGUUGAGGCGGAACCCAGUGCUGCUGCUGCUGAAGAGGCUCUCCACGAAGCUGAUGACCCCCCAACUCCGAUCCGGAUGCCGGCGGCUGCUACUGCUAUAGAGAUUAAGCUUGGAUUGCUUAAUGUUCUUCCUAAGUACUACGGGAAGAAGGGAGAUGAUCCAUAUAAUUUCCUAAGUGAAUUCAUCAAGAUCUGCAAAGUGCAGAAGCGCCCUACUGGGGUAACGGAGGAACACUUCAGACUAGCUGUUUUUCCCUUCACUAUGACAGCAGAGGCGAACUCUUGGUUCGUAAGUCUUCCACCUUAUUCUAUCACUACGUGGGCAGAGAUGAAGAGGCUAUUCCUGGAGCAUUUUUUCCCUCCCACCAAAACAAAUGCGCUAAAGAAGGAGAUCAGCGGUUCCGAAGGAGACCUUCUGCAGUAUUUCUAUCAGGGGAUGACAAUAGAGACUAAGAAUUUGGUGAAUUCAGCGAGUGGAGGAGGAUUUUUCCAAAACACGGUGAGUGAAGCAAAAAGGUUAAUUCAACACUUAGUGGAAGCCACGAGGGAGUAUGAGGAGCCGCGCAUCCAACUGCUUAAGAAAGCUGCUCAAGCUAGCUCAUCGGAUUUUGAGGAUAAAUUCGAAGCAAGGAUGGGGAAAUUGGAGAGAAUGUUGAGCACUGUGGUGGAGAAGGUCGCAACGGCUGGACAACCAUCAGAGAAGCCAUGUGGAGCAUGUGGUAAUCCAAACCACACCAGCCUGCAAUGCACAGGAGAUGAGGAAGAAUAUCAAGCCCAAGCGAAUUCUUCCCAUAAUUUUUACAGCUGCGACGCGCCACUGCCCCCUUUGCCCAAACGGGACCAGUACUCAAACAAUCACAAUGCGCCAUGGAGAAACCACCCCAAUUUUCGUUGGAGGGAUCCAGAGCAGAGGCAACAACAGCAGCCACCAGUGAUGCAACCGCCGCAGCAGCAAAACUACCGUCCUCCACAUCAAAGGACGGGGUAUCAAGCUCCACAAACUCAGCAGCAUCCUCCCGAGAAGCAAGGCAAGUCACUUGAGGAGAUGAUGGCGGAUUUGAUUGGUAACCAACAGUUUCUGCAAGGUAAUGUGCAACAGCUUCAACAAUCUCAAGCCGAGCAGAAGGGAAAUAAUGGAGCUUUACCAUCUCAAGUUCAUGUGAAUCCCAAGGAGAAUGUCAACAAAAUCACAUUGAGGAGUGGUACUGAGUUGAACGGACCAACACCCCAGAACUCUCAAAAUGGUCCGCAGGUAGAUUCUGGAGUCGAGUUUUGUGUGGAGGAAUUCGAACGUUCUGUUGGUAUGACGGAUCCAUUCACUCAGUCAGCAGAACAGCCUGGAAGAUUGGCGAAGAAGAAGCCGAAUGAGGAGCUCAUUGAUUUUGUGAAGAUCUUCGGUAAACUUGAAGUGAAUCUUCCCUUCCUUCAAGCAUUGAAAAUUCCUCCAUUUGGGAAGUUUGUGAAGGACUUCAUAGCUGGAAAGUCUAAGACAACUGGAAAGAUUGUGAUGGGAGAAAAUGUUUCAGCAGCAAUCAAGAAGGAAUUACCGGCUAAGUGCAAGGAUGCAGAGUUGGUGGACACCAGAGUGGUCAUUCAGUUAGCCGAUAGGUCAUGUGUGCAUCCCGAGGGUUUACUUGAGAAUGUUCUUGUGAGUGUAAAUAACUUUGUUUAUCCUGCUAAUUUCUAUGUGGUGAUGAUGAGUGGAGUGCAAUCCAAGGGGUCAUCGGGAGUCCUUUUAGGUCGCCCGUUCCUAAGGACUGCAAAAUCAAUCAUAGAUGUUAGCAAUGGCACGAUUUGUCUAGACUAUCAUGGGGAAAAAUAUACGUUUAGUAUUGAUGAAGCCAUGAAAACCCCCAAUGAUGUUGAGAAUGCUUAUUCUAUUGAUAUGAUUAACCCUCUCGUCCAAGAAUUUCUUGAGACUGAAUUCAUGCAGGAUAAGUUGGAGUUAGCUAUGAUGAAGAGCUAG